GAAGAGGAACUAGCUAGCUGCAAAGCUAGCCAAUUAAAAGCUGGACACAAAGCUCCUCUGUUUAUGGCGUACCAGCUAUCCUCUUUCUCAUGGUUUUCCAUUUUACUCGUCCGUGGUGUAGCAGAGGCGCACAUACAUGUAUUUACUGGAUGACACGUCUGAAACAUGGAGGGAUAGAAAUGUUUUCACUGAACCAUUAGCUCCCUAGCUCAUCCAACUAGCCGGCGUCCAGUUGCUCAGCUGUUACAUUGUUUUGCGCAUCAUCCUAUCGUCAUGUGACAAGGUAUCGCUUACAUCACAGCAGACCAACGGGGACUAUAAUGGACCAAGUAACUAAUGCCCAACACUGACCUGCAAAAGCUGGUGAAUAAGUGAGAACGCCUCCCUACCAACACCUCACCACUAUCCUCACUGUUGUGCCAAUUCGGGUCUGUCCGGAAGCUGCUAGCCAUUUGAUACGCUGUCUGUGACUCACUCACCCCCCACCACUACUUCGAUAUGUCUCUUCCCAAGGACGUGGGGGAGAGGGGGAAGGAGAGGGACCGCGGGGCCCGGCCCAAGGUGAGACAGAGCCGCUCGGAGGAGAGGAGGGAGUCGGGCGCUGGGCGGAAAGGCGGCCGGGGCAAGAAGAAGGGCCUGCCCUCGCAGGGCGUGGUCACGGAGCGUCCGGUCAGCGACGGGUUCGAGUACGGAGACCAGCUCGGAGGAAUCCUGUCCAGAGAGGGUGGGUCGUCGUCCCCAGCCAGGGAGCGAAGGAGGUGGCCAGGCUUGGGGAGUAGCAGUGACCGGGGUGUUGGUGGUGGUGUGUGGUCGGGACAGGCUUUGUCAUACGGCAUAUCUCUCUCGGAACUGCCCACCACACAGGAGGUGGAAGCGGUGAAGGCUGGUGGGGUUGGCAGUGGCAGUUGCAGUGGCAGCAAUAGCAGCCGCACCCUGCGGCAGAAGAUCCAGGACGCUGUGGGCCAGUGCUUCCCCAUCAAAAGCCACAAUGCCGGCUCCUCCACACACAUCUUCUCCCCCUCCUCCGCUACUGUGGCUUCCUGCUCUUCCACCACCACCUCCACCGCCUCCACAUCUUCGUCCUCCUCCUCGCUCUCGGCCACGUCGCGCCGCAAGAUCCACCUGAGCGAGCUGAUGCUGGACAGCUGCCCGUUCCCGGCCGACUCGGAGCUGGCCCAGAAGUGGUACCUCAUCAAGCAGCACACGGCGCCCAUCUCCCAGCCUCCCCUGCUGCUGGACUCCUCCUGCUCCUCUCUGGGCAGCUUUGUGGAGCUUGGCGCUGGUGCAAGUGGUGGCGGUCCUGGUACUACCGGUGGUGGUGGCGGCGUUGUCGCGGGCGGUGCCACAUCCGGCGCCGUGGUGGAGGACGAGGACGACCUGCUCCGGGAGCGCCGGCGAAUCAGCAUCGAGCAAGGCGUGGAGCCACCACCCAACGCACAGAUCCACACGUUUGAGGUGACGGCGGAGAUCAACCCGCUGUACAAGCUGGGGCCCAAGCUGGCGCACGGCAUGAAUGAGCUGUCCGGUGACGAGAGGGCCACCUUACAACAACAACAACAACAACAACAGCAGCAGCAGCAGCAGCUGCAGCAACAGCAGCUCUUGAGACAGCAACAGCAGCAGCAUCAGUUGCUCCUUCAGAGCUGCUUGGAUACACUGGACGAAGUGGCCAACUCCUCUUCUUCCUCACCCUCCACUGCUGCUAGUGCCAUGCCGUCUUCCAUCUCCCCAUCUUUGGCCUCAGCGAGCCUUGGUGCAGCUGCAGCAGCAGCAGCAGCAGGAGUGUCAUCAUCUGACCUCAGCCCCGUCUCCGAGGCAUCUGGGCGCCCCUUGCCCAGCUCCACGGACGUCGCUGACCCGACAAUGCCCGCGAAGCCUGCCGCCAGCAAGGAGCGCUUCCGUGUCCACACGCAGAUCGACUACAUCCACUGCCUGGUGCCGGACCUGCUGCAGAUCACCAACUUGCCGUGCUACUGGGGCGUCAUGGACCGCUACCAGGCGGAGGCGCUGCUGGAGGGCAAGCCGGAGGGGACCUUUCUCCUGCGGGACUCGGCCCAGGAGGACUACCUGUUCUCGGUUAGCUUCCGUCGCUACGGCCGGUCGCUGCACGCGCGCAUCGAGCAGUGGAACCACAACUUCAGCUUCGACGUCCACGACCCCAGCGUCUUCCACGCGCCCACCGUCACUGGCCUGCUCGAGCACUACAAGGACCCCAACUCCUGCAUGUUCUUUGAGCCGCUGCUGUCCACGCCGGUGCACCGCACGCAGCCCUUCAGCCUGCAGCACGUCUGCCGCGCCGUCAUCAGCAACCACACCAGCUACGACGGCAUCAGCGCCCUGCCCAUCCCCAACGCCCUGAAGGAGCACCUCAAGGAGUACCACUACAAGCAGAGGGUGCGCGUGCGCCGCCUCGACACUGGUGGGAGUAGAGAGGGAGGACUGGAGAGAGAGGGGUGGGUGACUCCUUUGACAUCUGGUAGAGUAGAGAGAGUGGGUGGGGAUGGGUGAUGCCCUGACACCUGGUGCAGUAGAGAUACAGGGUGGGGGAAAAGCAAACGCCUGGCACCUAGACACUUGGUUGGAGUAGACAGAGAGGAGAGAGGGUGGGAGAUGUCUGGCGGUAGUAGAGAGAGGGGAGUAGGUGAUGGACGACUGGACAGAAUGAGGGAGGGGAUGGGGAAUGCCUCAGCACUGGGAGGAAUGGGUUGGCAAAUGGGUGGAUGGUGCACAUCCCAUGGUUAACCUGGUAAAGCAGUACCUCAGAGUACGUAGUGGGAAAGUAAACUGCACAAGAGAGGUGGAGAUGGAUGGAUGAAUGGAUGGACUCCAUGGUUAACCUGGUGAAACAGCACCAGCCCUUGUAGUAGCCUACACGUUUUGUCACAUACUUGUCCAGGGUUUGGCUGUGCUUCCAUUGAUAUGCUAGACGGGUGGGAUCUUUAUCGCAACGAUCAGCAAACAGGGUGGAGUGAUACGAUGACAUUGAAGGCGUGCUGCCAGAGUCGUAGAAUGUCACACACAAUCAUCACUUUGGAACACUCCCUCUGUUUGCUGAUUGGUGCAGUGAAAAUUCGACCACAGUUAAUUUAUUUAUAUUAUGUAAAGCACAGGAAGGCCCUCUGUGCAAAGUCGUGAAGUGAGAAGUGCCCGUUUACCAGACAAAUUCAAGCCUCACCAUCACACCAAUCAAUCCCUCACCAAGCAGUAUGCUACACUGGUACCUUCCUCCCUCUCCAUAAGCACGUUAGCCACCUGGCAUAGGGCAAGUAUGGGGCUUCACUCACAGCCUUCUUCCCCCUCACCCCACAACACUUGAUCACUCCCUCGCCAAGGCCUGGGUAUGCUCCUACAACUUUGACACUGGAUCACUCCCUCACCAAGGCCUGGGUAUGCUUCUACAACCUUGACACUGGAUCACUCCCUCACCAAGGCCUGGGUAUGCUUCUUUGACACUGGAUCACUCCCUCACCAAGGCCUGGGUAUGCUUCUACAACCUUGACACUGGAUCACUCCCUCACCAAGGCCUGGGUAUGCUUCUUUGACACUGGAUGAAUGGACUCGUCACUGCAUGUCUCGGUUCCGAUUGCUAGUCGGAUGAUGACCACAAGCCAGGCUGGACACAGCAGUUGCCACCCUGGUACCUUACAGUACUUCCCUCUCUAAGCACAUGCGUCGGGUACCGUUGGUGCCCAUCUUUCCAUUCUUAAAGCCUUAAUUUGCCAAACUAAUGUACUGUGCAGUGCUUUUGGGAUUAUGCUUCCAUGUUGUCUUCUUUUUUAUAUAUAUAUCGGCGAACUACUCUUGCUGAUGUUUGUGCUGUGGAAGUAGUCAUGAAUGUACCUGUGCUUUUUUGGACCUAGAGUUAGUGCAGGAAAAAAGUACUCUCUCCCCCCCCUCAUAUCCGUUUUUUUUUUUAAGUAAAAGAAUGAAUGUAUCUUACACUGAAGAAAAAAAGAGAGGAACCUGAAAAAAAAAACCUUUCUGGGGUUCGCUUCUGAAAAGCAUAGUUGUUAGCCAGUUAGCAACUUGGGUGGUUGCCAAUGGGAAAUUGCAUUGUAAAUAACAAAGUAUCUAACAUAGUUAGCAACUAUGGCUUUGAGAAAUGCACUCCUGAUCACCCACGCAUCCUCAGUCACACUGAUACAGCCUUGACGUUUGUACUGCUGCAAAAAAAGAAGAGGCCACACUCCUACCCACCUCAGUAGAAAAAAAAGAGAGUACUACCAAACAAAUGGAACACGCAAGACUGCAUCCUCUCCUUAUGUUAUGCCAAGCCAGCGGUGCUCCGUGAAUGCCAUAUUAACCACUCGCUUGAACCGAGGACAUCUCUCAUCUCUAGUAAACAAGAUGUUGCCAGAUAGCAUCUGCUUCUGCUUGAUAACCUCCUGCCUUCCUCCUCACUCCCUCUCUGCCUGUUUGAGCAGAAGCUAAUCAAGGCCUAGCAGUCGGAGUCGGUAUAUAUAAAUAUACCCAGAGAGCAAAGAGAAGCGUUUGUACUUAUUCACUCUACUACACUGCCCUAGUGAGCAGAGAGCAAAGACAUUUUACAAAUAUGAGGAAUCUCUUCUUUUUUAUAUUUUAAAUUUGAUUUUUCGCUCAUUUAUUUAUUUCUUUUUCUUGCAUUUAUGAAUGUCCUCCUCACAUGCUAGUCACAUUCUAUAAAUGCCUUGCCUCGCCUCGCGUCCCCCACCCACAAGCUGGUCUGCAGAGUGUGACCAUGGGAAACCACUCAAUGAAAAUGGGGGCCAAUCAAUGGGAGGAUGGGGAAAUGGCGCCUCGCCCUGUGAAUGUACGACACUUACAAAACCCCACGACACCCUCCCACACACACACUCAUGCGAUUCACUUAGGCGACACACACAGACACAUGCAUACACACACACACAUGCACACGACCCUCCCUUGCCGGGUCUUCCGUAUUCAGCCUCUGCCCUCGGCUGCUGGCCGUGCCUGCAGUUUAAUGAUGGCGAUGGUCUAACACCAGGGGCUUAAUGGUGCCUAGGGAAGAGGCCCGGUGCCAUAAAAAUCAAAGUUACCUCUGAGUUAUUGACUAUAAUGUUACGGUGAGGGCUUCGGUAACUACCUUCCUUUUAGAGAAAUAGACUGAUGUAAGAAUGAAGAAUCAUUUCACGAGUGUUGCGUCGCCUGUGUAUGGCGGCACCAUAUAGCGAUUUCUUGAGAAGGUUGUGUGUGUAUGUGUGUGUGUAUGUGUGUGUGUAUGUGUGUGUGCGCGUGUGCAUGUACACGCCUGCUAAUAGGCAGUAGGCCAGUAGCAAGUGGGGAAGUGAGCGAGGUCACCUGAGGAAUUUGGU